UAAAAAACAUUAGUAAAAUUCGUGGUCACCCUGAUGAAAAGUGGAAGAAUCCCUCUAAAGCUAUCAUUCAUUUGAGGCCUACAAGAUGGCACAAAUCCCCUUUGGAACCUGAUUUCCACCCAAGAUCCCGGGACAAAAGCCUCCAUAAAUCCUCACAUUUCUUCAGAUAUCCAUUGAUUAUUAGCCAGGGUUUGCCGGAUCCCCAGAUGGAGACCACCACCUCCUUAGAAGCCUUAGAGGCUUUUGAGCCCUUGGAGGAUCUGGAUGAUGAGGAAUUCGGGCUGCCUGCUGUGGGGCAACUCCCUUCAUUGGCGGACAUUUUAGGCGAGAAUCCGGAAGUGCGGGAUGAGGAUUAUGAAGACGAAGAAGAGGCGCUCAACGGGGGACUAGAAGCUGUCGAUUAUGGCACGCCUAGUCAUAAUGGCGUCUGGGCGGUGCACAAUAGUUCACUGCUGGAUUCCUUGUCCAUCAUGUCUCGUGGGAGUCGGAAUUCGGAUCAGAGUCGAAGUCGGACCUCGAAUUCGUCGAAAAUGUCGCGAAGACAACCUCCGGAAAAGGAGAAACAUGGCUCCAUUAUGAGACAUGUCAUCUUGAAAGGCAUCACGUCUCAAAUGGUGUCGUUGGCGGAUCGAGUGAAUGUGGGAAUUCCGACUUGCAUGGCCUCCACUUUGUACAUCGCCAUAGGCACCUCGCAUGGUUUCAUCCUGGUUUUUGACAGCUUACAGGUUCUGAAAUGGUCGCUGGGCGGUGCCAAGUACGGACAAGAUUAUGGUUCUGUGUCAGCCAUUGACUUUAACAUUGAUUCCUCUCGUUUGUUGGUGGGCUUCGCCAAAGGUCAGCUUCUCGAAUACGAUAUCAAUGCCGGGAAAUUGACUAUGGUCUUGAAUGAUGCUCAUCCCGUGUCCUCGCCCGUGAUUCACGCCAAGUACACGGAUGACCCGAACUUGGCCUUGGUCAGUGAUGCCGCCGGAUCGAUUUUCGAGAUUCAAUUCAAACGCCCGGUUGGAUUGCGGAAAUUCUCGUCGAGGUGCAUUUUCUCCGGCAGUCGGGGUGAAGUGGUGGCUGUGGAGCCCCUGUCUUUGGUUCAAUAUCCGGAACAUCGCAUGCGAAACCAGAUUGUAGUGGGCGUGGCUACCAUCUCUAAAGUGAUUGUUUUGGCGCUGAAACCUAGCUUGAAAGUCCUAUUUUCUUGUCCGUUGCCCGGACGCACCGAUACGUUACCCAUCAUUUCUUGGCAGUUCGUUAUCAUUGUCACCUCUGAUAAUCAGAGAGUGGUCGAUCCGGUGGUGGCAUUCGGUCGUCAAUCAACCAUUCAUUUCUACCAGCUGUCUGAGAAUUUGGGCGGGAAGACCGUGUUUAUUCCUUUGCGGACAUUGGAAUUGACUUACGAGUUCCUUCAUUUCGGCUGGCUCAACACAAAAUGCAUGGCCAUUAUGGACACGAGUGAAGGGUUCCAUCUCGAGGACGUGAGAAAUUCCGACGAAUUGGAGAGCUUCGAUCUGGCCGAUGUGCGCCUCAUCUACGGCUCUAGUUUCUUCAAGGGCUUGGCCACGGGCGAAAACGUCAGUAGAGCCAUGUCAGUGGCCGGGGAUCGCGCCAUCUACGGCUCAUUCAAGACCUACACCAAUCAACUAUUGCUCUUAGGUCGGAAAUCCUUUCAUGUUCUGGUGAUUCGAACUUGGAAUGAACGCUUGGAGCAUCUGGUCAAGAACAAUCGUUACAUUGAAGCCCUGGACUUGGGUUGCGAGUUCUAUCAAGAUACGAGCAAAACUUUGGUCGGAUUAAAAGGUCCGAAGGACAAGAAGAAGACUGUGAUAGCUCAGAAAGUGCUUAGUAUUGUUCUCAAGUACCUCGAUGUGUGCAUGACCAAAAACUUUCCUCAAGAAGGUAAUAUCGGCGUGCUCUCGGACUACUUCCACGAUAUUGUGCCUCCUUUUGUGAACACCUGUAUGACGCUGAGGCGGAAAGAUAUUCUCUUUGAGAAUGUAUGGAACACGUUCUUGUUGGAUCCUUUUGCCAAGGCCAAGUUCCUCGAAGGACUGGAAGUGUACAUCCUCAGUGAUCAACUGAAGGAUUUGCCCGUCAAUGUCUGUCAAGAAUUCGUGUCGCAUUACGAAAUUGUGAAAAAGUACCAAGAGCUCGAAGCGUGUAUCACUCAUCUCCACGUGUCUUCCUUGGACAUUCAUCAAGUUAUGAACGUGUGUUGGACUCACGGCUUGUACGAUGCCAUCAUCUAUAUUUACAACAAUGGCAUGUUGGACUACAUCACACCCACGGAAGAGCUGAUGAGUCAAUUACGGAACAUCAUGUCCUCAUUGGACAAUCAUGGGUUGUCUUUGAAGCAAACAGAGCUAGGAAAUAAAAUCUUGGUCUACAUAUCCUGCUGCUUGGCAGGGCGAGCUUAUCCAUAUGGAGAUAUCCCUUCAGAUCGGCUGGCCCAGGUCAAGUACGAUGUCUAUACGUGUUUGACAUGUCUCCAUUCCAAGAAGGCCACAGACAACGAACCGUCCUAUCCCUUUCUGAAGACCCUACUCCAUUUCGACACUCAAGGACUGUUAAACGUGAUAUCGAUAGCCUUUGAAGAGCCCGAGUUCAACACCGAGAUGGGCAGGUGUCAGAAGCAGAGGAUGGUGGAUAUCCUCCUGCAAAUCAUGGUGGAUGGAGACGAGGGCUAUUCCCCGGCGCAAAUAGGUCAUUUAUUCACUUUCUUGGCCCGACAAGUCGCCAAGGAUGGGAAGACCUUGUCAGUGUCGAGAGAUCUCUUUGACAAGGUUUUAGAUGUGCUUACCAAUCAAGUGGAGACGUCUCAUCACGAGGAAAGGCAGCAAGCUCUCUUUGAGCUCUUGGAUGCCGGAGGUCUCCAAUAUUUUGAUCGAAAUCGUCUGAUCGAACAAUGUCAACGGGUGAAAUUCAAUCGCAUCUUGGAAAUGCUCUAUGAAUCGAGUCAGGAGUACGAUCUUGUGCUAGAGUGUUACAUUCACGAUGAGUAUAGGUCGAUCCAAGCGUUCGCCUUCAUUCAACGCGUUCUGCUAAGUGAUGAUCACUAUGGAGACGAGGCCAAAGGUAAAGUAGAAAAGGACGUGAUCCAGAAUCUGGAGGCUCUCAUCGCCAUCGACCCCAAGAAAUUGGCCAUGGUGGUGUACUUCCACAUGUACUCGUACAUUCCAGUGGUGAUAUCUAGACUAGAAUCCCAAAGAGAGUGUCUCUUCCGCUUCCUGAAGUUUGCUUUGGAGCACAAAGAAAAUGGAUCCCAGCCAGCUUCUCCCGUUCAUAAGGCAAAUCAUGCCUCUUACGUGGAUCCCCUCACUACUAAAACCACUCUGAUGAUGUUCCUCGAGCUGAUGUGUGAAUUCGAGCCCAAAAUGGUGGCCUCGUACUUAAAGACUCGCUCCAAUUACGACCAUACCGCUGUGCUAAAGGUUUGUGAGAAGUAUGACAUCUUGGAUGCCAUGGCCCAUGUCCUUGAGCAAGACGGUCAAAUUGAGGAAGCCUUUGCAUUACUCAUGAAGCCGCUCGACUCCCGACUUCAAGAGAUCUCAAACGAGGAUAGUCCUGGUGAGGAUCUGAUCUGGGCUCAAGUCAAUGCUUCGGUAAUUUUGCUCGUCCAAUUAUGUCAAAGAAGCGCUUCACAUUUGCCCGGAGCGAAAGUUGAGCAGUUAUGGUUCAGUAUCUUGGAUUCGCUCCUGAGUAGGCAGCGAACGAUCCAAAACGGAAAGAAAAUCCAAGGAUUCAAAGAAGUGAUCAAACACGUGGUGAAUAGUACAAUCGGCCAUCUACCUCUCAGAUCUGUCAUCGGAAAGAUCCUACAAGAUCCUGCUUAUCAAUCCGGGAGCUUUGGCGAGAUUAAGGGCUUUCUGUUGGAAAUGCUUGAGAUGUAUCAUUACGAAGAGACCCUCCUCAAAUCCACGGUGGAACUGGUUCAAGCUGAUGUUCAUACUCAAGUACGGCAAAGACAUCGUGCGGCCCAACGUGGCUUUUUCAAUCAAAGCCUUCGUUGUCAUUUGUGUCGGCAGCAUUUGGCGCGGCAAGGUGGCAACGCCUUGAUAUUCCAAUGUAGGCACGCCUAUCACAUACCGUGCUUAGCGGGUGCGGGCUGUGUGAGUGUCAGUAAAGUGGGCGAGGAGGACUGGCAUUGCUACUCGUGCAUCACGAAGAACAAUUCGCACCAGAUCAGUGUGGGUGAAACAUCCGAAUCUUCAACGAAGGUCUCUGCUGUUCCGGAGCCUUUGUUCCAAUUGGACGAGAGUGAGCUGAGCAACAUUACAGACCAGAAGCUCGUCAAAGCCCGCCAAUAUCUCGAACAAAUGAAGGCCAUGCAAUCGCCCUUGGCCACUCAUGAAUGGCUGGGUGAUUCUGAGCUAUCUUCCCGUGAAUACAUAGAAGAAAACAAGUCGAUAUUUGAUCGGGAGAAUUUCAAACUCCGGCUACAACCGCCCAUUCCAGAAGACAUCUAGGUAUUAUUAUUAUUACUAUUAUUAUUAUCCAAUCAUUGUUCUUUUCCUCUCUGCUCUUCGCCGUUUAUCAUGGGAUUUAACUGUGAAACUAAUGUGAGUGCAAAAAGAAAUCAUAGAACACCUG